GUUGGCGAUUUUAGUGGAAGGAAAAAUUAUAAAAUGUGUGUUCAUAGGCCAAACUUCAUGGACAAAAUGGACCUACCAUAUUUAACGGAUAUGUUCAUAAAAUCAUAAAACCUUAUUUUUCAAAUUUGAAAUCAAAACGGAUCGGAAAUGAAUCAGGUGAUCAAUUUCGUAAUGGCAACUCCUCACUACUAUUUAAGUUGCAGAGGCUUCGCAUUUUGUCCAAUCCCUCAAAUCUUUUCAUCCGCCUUCAAUUUCAAAAGCCCCUGUCUCGGACACAAGAUCCAUCGGACGCCCAGCUGUCUCUCUCUCUUCGGGGCAAUUGAUUUCUUCAAGAUUUCUUGUUGGAGAAAUUGGAGUCCCCAGAGACAAUUUCAACAUCUCCAGAACCCAUUGUUUCACCCAAACCGAUUCUGUGGUGGGUCUUUGGAAAUUGUUGCAAAGAUGAAUGAUCUGAUGACAAAAUCGUUCCUCAGUUAUGUGGAACUGAAAAAACAGGCCAUGAAGGAUCUUGAAGCCGAGCCAGACAUUGAAAUGGGGCAACUCGAGGCCUCUGACGAGCAGAACCUUUCUCGGUUCUUUGAAGAGGUGGCUGCAAUCAAAGCAGAUAUGGAAGAGAUCACCAAUUUCCUCAUUGAUAUUCGAACCCUGAAUGAAGAGGCAAAGUCUACUCACAGCGUUAAAAUCCUCAGAGGGUUUAGGGACCGAAUAAGCUCAGACAUGGUCGCUGUUCGUCGGAAGGCAAAACUCAUCAAAACGAAACUAGAAUCACUCGAUCAAUCCAAUACAGCAAACAGGAUUUUAUCCGAUGCCUAUAAAGACGGGAGCCCUGUUGAUCGGACGAGAUUUUCGGUGACUAAUGGAUUGAGAGUUAAGCUUAGAGGCAUGAUGAAUGAUUUUCAGUCACUGAGAGAACAAAUUCUGAAGGAGCACAAAGAGGAACUAAAAAGGGGUCACUACAAUGCUACCGGGGUGGAACCCAGUGAGGAAGCCAUUGAGAAGAUGAUUUCAGGAGGCAACCUGAUUCAAAGUUUUGAAGGGAAAUUACCCGAACUGGCAAUGGAGAAUCAAGAAAGGAAUGAGGCUGUGAAGGAGUUACAGAAAAGCUUGAAAGAACUUCAUCAACUUUUUCUUGAUAUGGCUGUGAUGGUUGAGACACAAGGGGAGAAGAUCAAUGAUAUUGAAGAGAAUGUGGCUCGUGCCGGAGAUUAUGUCAACGGCGGAACAAAGAAACUACAGUCUGCCAAACAGAUGAAGAGGAAAAGUAAAUGGGUUUCUUGGAUUGGGAUUGUGUUGCUGAUUUUCGUAUUGAUUUGCCUUAUUCCAAUCUUGGCUAAAUGAAAAAAAGCGGACUGUUACUUGGUAUGAUGGGGCUUUUUGUUGUUAUGCUUUCAUGGAGGUCUUGUUUCAUAAAUACAGUAACACAUGUAGAGUUUGAUGAUAGUUGUUCAUCUUGCACUUAUUUUUGUGUGUAGUUAGAUCUCAGUGACUCAGUGCAGGUCAGGUUUUUUGGUUUUGAAGAGUGUAAUGUGGAUUUUCUGCGUCAUUUUCUUCUCAAUCCUUGCAUUGUGUUCUGUUUGUUGAGAUUGCUUUAUCAAUGAAACGGUUUGGGUACUGCUUUUCCUCCCAAAA